AUGAAGAACUUGCUCUUCCUAGCAUUGCUAGUCGGCGUUCUCCGACUAGAGGCGGCCGCGGAAUUUAAUUAUGGAGAGGCCCUUGACAAGAGCUUGAUGUUCUUGGAGGCACAAAGGUCCGGUAAACUACCACUCGACCAGCGAGUCAAGUGGCGCGGCGGCUCGGGGCUCAAGGAUGGGUUGGCUCAGGGGGUGGAUUUGGUUGGAGGGUAUUAUGAUGCAGGAGAUCACGUGAAAUUUGGGCUGCCAAUGGCAUUUACUGUCACAAUGCUUUCAUGGGGAGUCAUUGAUUUCAGAAAGGAAAUCACAGAUUUAGACCAAAUGGGACAUACAUUGUGGGCCAUCAGAUGGGGCACUGACUACUUCAUGAAGGCACAUCCACAGCCUAAUGUUCUCUGGGCACAAGUGGGAGAUGGGGACUCUGACCACUACUGUUGGGAGCGUGCCGAAGACAUGACCACCUCGAGAACUGCUUACAAGCUCGACGAAAACCAUCCAGGUUCUGACCUUGCCGGUGAAACCGCCGCCGCAUUGGCUGCAGCUGCCAUAGCUUUUAAGCCUUACAACUCUUCAUACUCAAGCCUCCUCUUAGUUCAUGCAAAACAGCUUUUCACUUUUGCUGAUAGAUUCAGAGGUCUAUAUGACGAUUCUAUCCAGAAUGCUAAGGAAUUCUAUACCUCAUCCGGUUACUCAGAUGAGCUGCUAUGGGCUGCCGCAUGGCUCUACCGCGCAACCGAUGAGGAGUACUACUUGAAGUAUGUGGUUGACAAUGCAGUUUACAUGGGAGGAACCGGAUGGGCAAUGAAAGAGUUCUCUUGGGACAACAAAUAUGCUGGUGUUCAAAUCCUUCUCUCUAAGAUAUUGUUGGAGGGGCGCGGCAGUGCUUACACUUCCACACUUAAACAAUAUCAGGCCAAAGCUGACUACUUUGCCUGUGCUUGUCUUCAAAAGAAUGAUGGUUACAAUGCCUACAUAACUCCUGGGGGGUUGUUGUAUGUGCGUGAAUGGAACAACAUGCAGUAUGUUUCCUCAGCUGCAUUUCUUCUAGCCGUUUACUCCGAUUAUCUACGCGCGGCAAAUGCCAAACUCACUUGCCCAGAUGGCCAAGUUCAACCUCAAGAGCUUCUCAACUUUGCUAAGUCACAGGCUGAUUACAUUUUAGGUAAAAAUCCCAAGGCCAUGAGCUACUUGGUUGGAUAUGGACCAAAGUAUCCAAUCCAUGUACACCACAGGGGUGCUUCCAUUGCUUCUAAGUUCACUCUCAACUCCCUGGUUGGGUGUGUGCAAGGAUUCGACGUGUGGUACCGUCGCCCCGAGGCGAAUCCAAAUGUCAUCUAUGGAGCCCUUGUUGGUGGCCCUGACAAGAAUGAUGACUUCUCCGAUGACCGAUCGGACUAUGAACAAACGGAGCCAACACUUUCUGGUUGUGCCCCUCUUGUAGGCCUCUUCUCUAAGUUGCACAUUACUGUGAAUGGAAUUCAAGGUUCUUAUCGUAGACAACAAUCACCAAUUUCCCACCAGACAACGCCAAAUACUUAUAACCAUGAAACACCAAGACCAAGCCCAAGCUCAGAAACCCCUGUCAAGUUUCUUCACGCGAUAACCAACACGUGGACAAUCGGAGGCCAAACGUAUUAUAGGCACAGGGUGAUAAUCAAGAACACAUCAAAGAAGCCAAUAACAGGUCUUAAAUUGGGGCUUGAGAACCUCACAGGAUCUUUAUGGGGUCUCUCCAAGACUAACGAAAAGAACACUUACGAGCUUCCUCAAUGGCACAAAGUCUUGAAGCCCGGAGAGCAGUGCAGUUUUGUAUACGUCCAAGGAGGCCCUCAAGCCAGAGUUUCAAUUCUUGCCUACCAUUAGCCGUUUUUUCACUCAGAAUCUGAGUUCAAAUACUUGGGGCUCCACAG